CUCCUGUCAAGUAAUGUCAUUGCUUAUACGUUGUUGCAAUUUAUUAUAUUUUUUUAAAGGUUUUUUCUUUGAUUGCAUACUUAUACAUACAUAUAUAUAUGUAUAUACAUGUAUAUUUCUUUUCUUUAGUUCCUUCUUUUUUGGAGGGGAUCGGUUGACAAGGAUUUUGAUUCAUGACAUGUUCUUGUUUGUUUUUCUGUAAAUCAAUGUGAUUUCCAAGCAGCAUUACCUUUCGUUCCAUUGAUAGUUUUGCCAUCGUGUGACUUGAGUCAUGAUAUGAUAUGAUGUAUCUCUUCUCUUUAGUCCCCUUGUUUUUCAUUAAGUCUAUAGUUGAGAUUUUGAUUAUUCUCUAUUCAGGCCUAUUGUAUAGUCUAGUGCACUUAAUUUAUCUGUCUUAUUCUAUCUGUGAUUCUUAAAAAGUUAAAAAUAGAUGAGGUUUUAUGUGCUUGUAAUACAUGUGUACUCUUAGACAUAAUACUUCCAUCAAUUGCAUUUGUCAUGCAUUAUGUGCCCUUGGGAGGAAGAAAUAGGACAUUUACAGAAAACAGCUAGUCAUGAUAAUGGUGUGGACAUGAAGUUUAUCAAAGGGUGGCGAAACUCUGAAAAAAGAAUAAAUGUAGGUUUAAUUCUAGGUAUGAUUCUGGUCUCCUUUCAUGUCAUAUUGUAGGUUUAAGUGGUGUGUUUUGGCCUCGUGUUCAUAUUUUGUUAUUUAGCAUGUCAAGUGUUCUUUGUGCUCAACAGGACAGGCAGAACUUAGAUUUUAAAGGCUUGAAAAUCUUUUUAUUGUUUUGUUUUGUUAGUGAACAUUAAUUUGACAUUGCAGGACGUCAAAGUCACCCAGCUUUUUUUUUUUUUUUUUACCUUUUCCUGGUUACUUAACUGUUUUUACUCUGAUUAUUUAUCAGAGAUAAUCAAUAUUUUAUGUUUUGAUUUCCACAUGAUGAAUAAUCUUUCUUCAAAAGUUGACUCCGUUGCUUCAUUCAUUUUACUAAUGCUAUUUUGGUCAGUAUGCUUCAUCUCAUGCUGCCUUGAUGUGUAUGUUCUGAAUAAUAUUUAUUGUGAUAUGUUCAGCUAACAGGGCAUCUGCCUAAAAAACUGGAAAGUGCUGGAAGAGCGAAUGCCUACAGACUGUUUUUCACUUUCAGAAGUAUCUCAGCUAACAUCAUCUUGGAACGCUGUAGUUAGUGCAUUUAUCGGUGAAAUUUUUCUACAAGUGAACACAAUGGAUCUUAGUGAUAUCCAGAAAGGGAAAAUUUUCCUUAGCAUAAGAGUCCACAAAACUGGGGAUAACUUGGUGGAAGAUCUCAUAUGCACUGGUUGUCAGUUAUGUGGUUCACCCAUGGGUACAGAGUAUGAUCAAAAUGUUAUUCCACUAAGUUGUUCAAAAAGCUCAAGCCGUCUUCAUGCAGUAUGUUUGAUAUACAGGCCUUUCAUGCUAUAUUUGUGGGAUGAAUCAGAUUACAUGCCAGUCCUCGUCAAGAACAGAGCUGCAGAAAUCUUGUUUGGGAACAUCAAGGCUGAAAAGGUCAGUUCAAGUUAUAGACAACAAAUGCUUGAUAAACAACCUAAAAGAGGUGAAUACAAGGGUAAAGAUGCUACUGUCAGAUUGGAAAAUAACCUGAAUGGUUCUGUGAAAGGACUUUCCAGUUCUUGUCCAUCAAAUGCUGAGAAAGGCUUACGAGUGGAGAGAAGGCAUCGCGAUGUUGUAAACUUCAACUCUUAUCAUAUCUGGUUAAUUUUUCUAAAAUUGCUGCUUCAACAAGGAAAGAACAUGCCUCUGAAAUUUGAGAUUGCUGUCGAUUCCAGUUUAGAUACAGAACAUGGGAAGUUCGAAAUGAUUUCUGCAUCAAUGCCUUGCAACAGAACUAUGUAAAUACCAUGUAUCAACUUUUGCUUGCUCAAUUUUGCAACUUCUUACAAAUUUAGUUUAAAAGGUUUGUAAGGCAAAAUUUUUUCAUCAAUUAAAAUCUGCUUCUUCAUGUA